AUGGAGAUCAUUCCCAUGCCAGGGCAUUUGAAGGAAGCUUGCCUGUGCAAAGGCUUUAGUUCGACUCUUACAGGAUCGACCCUCAAAUGGCUACAAAACGGUCCCCCACACUCUAUUACUUCAUUUGCACACUUAGUCAAUAUCUUUAAUAACCAAUUUUCUUGCAGCAGAACCUUUGAGAAGAUCACUAGUGAUCUCUACCGAGUGGUUCAGGGUCCUAAGGAAAAACUUAGGGACUUUGUUAAAAGGUUUGGUAGGGAAGCUCUAAGCAUCCCCAACAUUGACAUGGCCACCAUUGUGGAAGUUUUCAAAAUGGGAUUAAGAAAGGAUUCACCCUUCUACGAAGACCUUGUGAUGACCUCAUGCAAAGGAUUGGAUGAAGUCAGGUGCCGGGCAUUGAGGUUCAAUAGGCUCGAAGAGGAUAAAGAGAUCCAGAAGAGAAGCAACACUUUGAAUCAGUAUGAGAACCCCAACAGGAAGGUUGAAUCUUCAACUCAAAGAUCCUACAAAUUGAAGCCCUAUUCCAAAUUGGAUCAUCACAGGGUUAAUGCCCUUGAAGAUGGAGGAGAAGAGGAAGAGCUUCCUAAAAUCAUUGAAUAUUGUCUUUCUGUGGAUGUUUCAGGUGUAAUUCAUGCUAUGCAGGAUCUUAGAGACAAAACAAGAUGGACAAAGAGAGAUAAGAAGUCCACCGCUUGGAAAGACAAGUCCAAAUGGUGUGCUUACAAUGAAGACCUUGGCCACAUCACGGAGGCCUGUAUAGCUCUACGAAAAGAAAUAAGCUACCUCCUUAGCAAAGGACACCUUAAAGAGAUCCUCGGGAGAAAGAGAGAAAAUCCAAGGAAAACAGCCACGAUGGUCAUAGGAUCUUGGAGAAACCAGGAUCUCUACCCUCUGACACUAAGAUAA